UGAAUAUACUAAAACUUAUAUGGAAGCCAUAAUGGAAAAAGUAUUUCCUAAUGGAUUGACUUCAAAUAAUUCAACAGCAUAUAUCAUGGCUGUUGUUUCUUUAUUCUUGGAUCCUCAUAGUGGUACAAUAGACAUGAACGAAGGAAUAGUGAUACUACUGAUGAUAAUUCAUUUAGAUGAAUUAAACGAAAAAUUGGAAGAUUCAGAUUAG